AUGGCCUCCAGUGGACUCACGUCGCAACCCCUUUCCGAGGCAGAGGAAACUGUUUUAGAGCUUUAUGACAAGCUUCAGCAACUCGAGCUUGAGCUGGCACUUUUCCGAUUCCACCAAAACGGAGAUCCAGGUUGUGUUACCCCAAACGUGGAGGAGGCCCAGCUUCAUCUCCUAGAAUCGAAAGCAGCACUAGCUCUGCGGAACGAUGUUCUUAAGAGUGUUGUGACGAUCCAGCCAACCUUGAGGGCCAUACACAACGCAGCCCAUACCUCUCCCAUUGAGCGGAGCCUUUCAUUUCGCCUCCAACAGCGCGACCGAACAUCAGCCAUAUUGGCCAGCCAGUGUUUAGAUCUUCAAGAAGCCACGGAUCGUCUCGCAGACCUCGAGUCUCUAGGUUUUAAGGCCAGUCAGCGGAAUGUGUUGAUGGCGGCAGAGAUUCUACGCCUCCAGAACAACGCCCGUGAUCAAGGGCCAGCAAUGAACGAUAGUGUUCAUAUCUCCUUCGGAACUAGGCGUCUGGAAAAUGAAAUGAGAGCCAGCCGCCAGAAGUGGAGAGUGGUUAAGGGAACUACAAGCGCCAUUGUGACUGAAAGUGGGAUCGACUGGGCUAGGGACAAGCAGCUCAGGAACAUGGUGCUUGAUCUUGGAAACUAA